AUGGCCGCUCAGAGCCCAACAGAUUCAAUUAUUCCACAAUGGAAGAAAGCUGGGAAACAGGGGAAAGAGAUGACAAAGCCAGAAGACGAGAAGAAAGCUGCUACAGCGAAAAUAACGGAAUCGGCGAAGUAAGAGAGAUCGGCAAAAAUUGAUCUUCUAUGCGUCUGAUCGUGUCUUCAAAUAUUGCUUUGAUACAUUGAAAACUAUUGCUUAUUUUUUGUUCAGGCCUAUAUUGGAGGAACAAGCACUUCUAAGAGAAAAACUGAAAAAUAUGCCGUCGUGGAAAAAGGAGAAAGAUGCUGUACAAAAGCGAAAAAUGCAGCCCAUGGUAAGUGAAGUCCAGUGUACUAUAGUAAGUACAGGUUACAAUCCUGCAUGCUUGAAGCGUAAUCGUAAGACUAAUAUCGGUUGUAUUGGCCUUCUUUUUAUAACUGAUACUAUUUUACAGUUCCUUAGAGCUCUUUAUAAUAUUUCUUGGCUUUUUUAUUUGAGACAUCAUUUCGCGAUUUGUUUUUAGCUUACUCAUUGAACGAGUAAACCGUUUAACUCCGAUCCAUCGCAUUUCACGCCUGCUAUGUGUUGAUGUUGUUAAUAAUUUUAAGUUUACAUCAAACGACUUCCUGUGUAUCCUCCUUAGCUAGAAAGCGAUUUAAAAAGUUUAUUUUGUUGAAAAUCAUUUUUUCGAAAAAUAUUAAAACUUGCCCCACAUAAUUCCUUGCUUGCUUACAUGUAUCUUGUCUUUGUCAUUGUUAGGGCUAACUGUAAUCUGAAUAAUCGUCAUUUCCAUUUUUAACUUGGCCUUUCCGAUCGUGAUAAAAAUAACAAAAAACCUUUUUUUCUCAAAUCAUCAUUUUAAUAAUAUUAUUUGUACUAUUUAUUUGGAAAAUUGUGGGGGAAGAUUCUAUUGAAUAUUUAUUUAAAACCGUUUAAAAUUAACAUACUUGUUAAUAAUUAAAGCAGCUGCAAUCGUGGCACACGUUAUGCAAAUGUCGUGAGUAUUUCAAGUUUUAAUCCCUUAAAAGGCUCUAUUUUGCAAGGGUAGUUGUUAAGUAAAGAAGCAGAUGUAUUUUUCAAGCUUGUUUCUAAUUUGUCCCAGUGGUGUCUACAGUUUUCCAUAACUGUGUUCCUGAAAAAGUUCACAUGGCACUAGUUUUCUUCUCCUUUCUAUCUCUUUCUAGAACUUUCAAAUUUGCAAGAACAAAGGCAGCACAUUUUUUAUCAACACAAAUCUUCAGAUUGUUUUGAAUACCCAAAAACUGUCCCUUAAAUCAAGCCACCCAAAAAAAUAUUUGCCAAAAUUUUCCUACCCAAAAAAAUCCCAGAAUCGAAAAUUUCGAAUGAAAAAAAAUUCCUUCGCUCAUCCCCAUCACUAGCCUCGCAUGCAGGUGUUUUUAGGGGAGCUCAUUUUUCAUCCCUCCACACAAACUCCUGCUCAACCGAAGACAACAUUCCUUUCCCAUUGUUUUAUUUGAGUGGUAAGUGACCAAUCAACAGUUGUGAAAUAAAGUGUUGACAGGCUAAACACAACUAAAACGUGACCCUAGAGUUACUGUUUUUCUUCUUUUCUUUCCUUCGCUAAGGUUAUGCAGUGCAUGGAGUAUUAAAAAUUUGACAAUUUAAACCUUUCUUUUGCCGCUCUGAAUCUAAUUUGAUUAGAGGUCAAAAAGCUUUCCCAGUGUUUCAUGCAGAUCGAGUAUUAUUAUCAGAUUACGCUGCAGUCAAGGUCAACGGAAACUACAAUGUAAUUGGCUAAUUUUGUCUUCGGUUGAGCAGGUGUUCGUGGGGAGGAAUGAAAGAUGAGCUAUCCUAAAAACACCUGUGUGGGGGUUUACCCCAUCACUUGAAAUCAAGAGUAAUGCCCCUGGGACUUGGUCAAACAUCUUUCAACAACUGAAUAUUAUUGUAAGGAAAGUAAGCCUGUCUUUCAAUAAAUAAAGGUUAAUUACCAACAUAUCAUUGAGUGUUUUACCCUUUAAUGCUAGGUGGCGCGUCCUCCUUCACCAGGAUCUGCCUGUUCUAGUGCCAGAUCCCAUACUGCCCCACCUAUUUCAAUGGUUAGUAUAUUAUGUGCUCUAGAUUUUAUAUGUGUAUUUUACCUGCAUCUAUCAUCAUAAGUUAAGUUCAAAGUCCAUUCUGUAAGUUAUAGUCCAAGAUUUUUCCUCUCGGAUUCUACACUUAAAGCAAGUGGGCCACACAUCUGAAGCAAAAUAGCGCCACAGCACUUAUUUAAUUUUUCUCACCUUAAAUGUGGUGCUUAUUUGAGGGCGGUGUUUAUUUGAAAGUUAAACACAACAAAAAAUUGUGUUAACUAUGUUGUUAAUUAUUUACUGUGUUAAACUAAGAGAAUUAAGGUCUUGCUUUUGAUUGCAUCAUUGGGGGGGGGGGGGGGGGUGGACAACAGCACAUAUUAACUUUUUUGUCCUAACUCUGGCACUUUUGUCAGGGCAGCACCUAUUAUUGGGGGCAGCACGCAUUUGAUUCAAUAGGGUAUGCAGUUAAUAUAGUCAGUGGCUUUAGUGGAUUCAAAGAGCAAGGAGGCCACACUCAAAGCAUGUACUAACUGAGAUUUAUAACAGAAAACAGUGUGAAUGUUAUGUAGGUCGUUUCAUGAUGGGUGAAAGAACUAUGUAUAAUGUUUUUGAGUAUCUGGGAGCUAAUGCAAUCAGAAAAGUCUUUUAAGCCAUGUAUUCUAGGUAAAAAUCUAACAAAUUUACAUAGCAAGCAGGUGUGAAACUAUAAAAGUAAUAACUUCCUUGCAUUACAUGCAAAUUACUUUUUGAAACUUUUUGCAUUGCAGCCUGUGAAAGCACCAUCUCCUCCAACACGGAGACGGACACCAGGAAACUCUCCCAAUAAUUCUGGAUCCUUCUUGUUUCCUCGAAGCUCCUCUCCUGUGUGUGAAGCAUCCAAUGAAUUUAAGCGCAAAGUAGAGAGAGCUAAACGUGCUACUAGACUCUACUUGUUGCAACAGACUGGACCCAACUCCUUUCUGAUUGGUGGAGAUUCACCAGAUCAUAAAUUCCGUGUUAUGAUUGGACCACAGGUAAACUGAAAGGGAAGGAAGUGUCAUUUGUUGAAAUUUUAAUGGCAGCAUCUUGUCAAGGGAAUUCCCUAUCUUAAGAGUAGUUGCCUGAUCUUGCUAAAUACCCUGCCGAAAUUACUUGAAAUACUAUAUGGCAUGCGUUUUCCUUAGCCAUGCUCCUCCCAUUUUAUAGGUGUGUUUCUAAAUACUCUGCAGAAAUUACUUGAAAUUCUAUAUGGCAUGCAUUUUCCUCAUCCAUACUUCUCCCAUUUUAUAGGUUAACGUGCAGCAGAGCCUAAAAUUUUUAGCUUAUUUUCCUUAGGUCUUUCUUGUUUCCCCCUUACAAAUUCAUACCGGGCCAUUAGUUUACACCAAGUUGCCUGCUCGCGAAUGACAGUAGAAGAUGGCAUAGAUAUAGUACACAAAUAAUCUGUCGUUGCUGUCAACCCAAAUGCUCACAGAAAUAUUUAUAUACCCCUUCUCCCUUAGUUUAUGUAUCAGCAAAUAGCAUGAAAUGACCAACCCAUAGUUUUAAAACGAUUAACUUCUAAUCUUUCAGUUUCCACACAUAAUUCUGAUGUUCUUUUCUUUCAGAGUUGUACCUGCACAAGACCACACUGUGUCCAUUUGUUAUUUGUAAUGUUAAGGGUCUUUCAACUAAAGGAAAAUGACCCACUUCUGUGGAGCUUAAAAUUGAAAAAUUUUGAGGUAACUUGAAUUGAACUAUUAAAGUGCAUUAUUAAAUAAUACAUUUUUGUACAUGAAGUCUAAUUUUAUCAUUAACAUUAUAAUAAUAUUGUUUCUUUUUUGUUACUAAUUAUGUAAUAGUAAUAAGCACACAUAUACAAAGAAAACAAUAUAGUUUUUUUACCAGUGUCUUGAACAUACAUGUACAUUUCUGUACGCAGAUUCUCAAAUAUGGAGAUUUCAUAGAAUCGGAUGUCUUAUCGGUUUUAUGAUAAAGAUCAAAACUGAAUUUGUUAGGUCUGAGAAACCUUGUAGGUCAUAAAUGAUCUAAUAAUAAUAUUGUUUCUUGCUUAAUAAACUUUUCACAAGGUUGAGAAACUUCUGUCUAAGUACCAUGCUCACAUCGAGUCACGCCUUACAAAGGAUGCGAGUGACUUGAAAAAUUCCAGAUCAAAAGGACAUGAAAAGGUCCCAUCCCCAGCUCCAGGUACAGCCAGUGUGGAAGGUUUGUCAUCCCAUCCACGUGAUGAAGAGGAGACGUGUCCAAUAUGCUUAUUGGAAAUGGUGGAAGGUGAAAGUUUAAUGAGCUGUGAGGAUGGAUGUAAUAAUCGCCUUCAUCAGCAUUGCAUGGAAAUUUGUAAGUGUGGAGAGAUUCUUCUCCUUGGUUUACCUUUUUGUGACAAGGCUGUCACUAAGGGAUUUCCCCUGGCUACUAUGAACAUAGUUCCUGGCUUCUUUCACAGGAAGUGGAGGCAUCUGGCGUUCAAACCUCGCUCUUUCCGACAGACAAGGAACUUUACUCCACCUUGUCCCUCUUCACCCAGGUGUAUAAAUGGGUACCAGCAACAUGCUACUGGGGGGUAACCCUGUGAUGGACUAGCUUCCCGUCCAGGGGAGUAGCAAUACUUCUAGACAUGCUUCAUGCUGAGGAAACCAGGAUAAGCUCCGGCCAUUUGGGUCUUUGGCUCAAGUGCGCUUUUGCCUUUACCUCUUUCACAGGAAACAAAAGGAAAAUAGAACCUGCAAAUAAAGAACUUCCUUGUUGUCUCCCUCCUCUCCUACUAAUAUUCCAAUAAUUAUUGUAUAUAUGCAGCAACUUGGAAUCUGACAGACAGCCUUAUAACUUUGAGAAUUGUCAAAUAUACAAAAGUUGACUUCCUGAUAAUUUCCACCAAUUCUUUUAAAACCCUUGUUUGAUUAGAAAGAAAAUGUUUUCAUUAAGGAUGAUUACAGGUCUGCCAUCAGAUAAUAGACUUCAUUCAAUAGAGUAACCACUUAUCCUAGAGCUGUUAUAGUCAAUUAACUCUGGGGAGUUUGUUUCAAUAGGGGCGGCAGAAUGUAAAAGACAGCGGGAAGCCUUGUUCUGCCCUCUGUGCCGAAAGAUUUGGUGUUCAGGGGUGUAUGGGACUGAAAGGUAUUAUUCAUCUGAAUUAAGUGUUACAAUGUAUAAUUUAUGAAACUAUGUCUUUAUGUCACCCCUUCAUUGGCACUGAUUCUCAAUGAAUUUUUCCCUGCAGUUUCCCAAGAAUGGAUAUCACAUGUAAACUGAAUCCAAGUUUAAGACUUUUCAAAGAUUAGUAGCAGUGCUAAAUCUUUUUCUCCAAAACUGCUUUUUUUGAUCAUCAAAGUAUUAAUAUAUGCACAUGAGACACACUGAGAGGAGAGACGAUCUUUUAUCUUUGACUAUCUUACUUUAGAUCGUCUGGUCAUAGUUUGCGAUCUGAUUUACCAAGUGUCCCAGGUCCGUUGGGCCCAGAAGAGAUCACCCUACCUCAUUCUGAUCCAAUUCCACCUUCACAAGUGGAGCUUGCUAAGCCCUGGAUUGAGGUACAAAUUUCAAAUAAAAUUAUCACAUAGAAAUAAGAUAAAAAUUAAUUGAAGUAACUGCAUAUGAUCGUAUCAGGAUGGCAGCUAAAGGAAAGUAGAUGGCAAGCCAGUAUGAAACAUUUUAUGUUAACAGCCUGCAUCUCCAAUGAGUUGGAUGCAGUGACUACGGCACAGUGAAAACAGCAGGUAAAGAGAGAGAAACUGGGAGAGAGAAUAUCUUGGCCUUAUGUGUCUACUAAAACAACAGGCAUUGAUGACGAUGAUGAAAAUUUAUAAGCUACCUUGACUUCAGUGCUUCUGACUGGAGACAGUUCCAUUAUAGACAAAAAGAAGUUGACUUAAACUUCACAGACACAGCACCAAUUCUUCUAGUAGCUAAACUAAGACAACAUUCCCUUUAAAAAAAUAGGCCAGGGUAGAUCCAGAAAGUGAAAAUUCAAAAAAGAGGGAGCAAGGCUUAUUAUGUGCCAGCUUUUAAUACUUUUUAUUGAUUUAAGAUCCUUGAAAGACAGCCCCUUUGGAGAAUACUUUAAAAAUUUGAUUCCAGUUCAGACAAAAAAAGGACGGGGCGUGGCCCUCUUCAGCCCCACAAUAAAUUAACCAUAAAAGGUUUCUCAUUUGACUACUAUUUCUCUUAUUGUAGGCAUUUGGAGAAAAUGUUGUAAGCUGUCUUUUCUCUCGAGAAUGGAAUGUGAGAGAAACAGCUCUUCGUCGACUGAGUAAAGACAUCAGCACCGUGUUCUUGGAGGGGAGCAAUGUCCAGAAUAUGGCAGCAUUUGAAGCUUGCUGUUCUUUGUUAUCAAUGAUGUGUGGAGAUCCUGUUUACAGAGUUUAUUUCUCUGCUUUGGUAAGAGCAUCAAAUUAACAUACAGUUGAUCUCCUGGUAACAGCCACAUCCCGGCCACAAGAGCCACUUUGUUGGUGCCAGCAGAUGUUUCAGCUUUGUUUUAACUUGUCUGCUGUACCAUGGUCACUAAAUUCUGAUCCCAAUUUGCGGCCAAUGUGGAGAGGUUCGACUGUAAUCUUGAGAUGUUAAAUAAGCGUUAGCUUUGUUGAUCCUUUCACACAUAUUGGACAAGGAAGUAAUUCGCAAAACAGAUCAAACGUCUUUUUGUACGAUCACAAGAUGUAAAAAGCACUACGCAAAAGUUCUUCCAAAGAGGUUUUAUUUGAGUAGUAACACCAUAGGAAUUCAUUGCCAUAGCGUGGUCUUGGAGUCAAAAAGGAUUAAAUAGCUUUCGACACAGUCCUCAAUGGGUAAAUUUUUGUUUGAAAACUGAGAAAGAUUAGGCACAUGUAUUUUUCUCAUCUUUUUCACAGCGGACUUUGCGUGUCUUGGUGAUGCAUGCAUCAUACACGACUCAGGCAGAAAAACAACAUCUUCAGAAGAGUUUGUUCAGUGUUGUGGAGGCUAUUUUGGCGAAAUGUGCUGAUUCCAAUAGGUGUGUUAACCCUUUAACUCCCAAUAUCCACUCACAAAUUCUCCAGACUGAUCUCUAUACAUUUCCUUUAAGAAUUAGUUAAGAGAAUUUGAUAAAAGAUCAAAGUAUUUUCUCUUAUGUGAUCAUUUUAUUAAUUCUCAUAACCUAAUCUCAUGCUAAUGUAUGGAUAUCGUUAGGAGAAAAUUGCUGUUGGUCACCAUUGGGACUUAAAGGGUUAAAUUAUAAUGUACAUAAAGAACUCGUUUAAGUUCGCAAUCUUUUUACAUGCUUUUUGGGGCACGUACUGUUACAAAGUCCGAAUCAAGUCGACUAAAAACAACUCAGAAAUAUGUUUUCCGUAAAGAUUUGUGUUUUAGAAUUACCUGGUUAUCUGCAAACGCAAGCUUAGCACCUUCACAGUAUUUUCUGUCGAAGUAUUCUUUACUAAAAGAGGAAAUAAAAAGGUCCGUGAAGAGAAUAUUAUAGUGAGAUAAGUGAUAAAGGAGAGCAGCGGAGAGAAUAUGCCAGUUAAUCGUAGGGGUUAGAGGCUGAACGUUCCUUUUCAUUGUCCGGUUGGAUAUUGAUUCAUUUGCGUUGACUCGCACAAGCUUCCACGUUCUUCUUUAUAUUUUUCUUUCCCUAGAGCAUUAUAGAUGACCAUUAGGUCACUGGAUGUAUUUUUAUCUUUUUUCUUCAGGCGUUUUAGUGCUCUGUCCAUAAAAGUUCUUUUGGAACUCUGCAAGGAUAUGUCUGGAGACCUGGCGCUUGGCAAAAUGCUUGGUGAAGAACACGAGUGUCAGCCGUUAGGAGGACUAUGCUUCAUUUUAUCUUGUAUUCUAAGAACUGCCUCUGAGUACACCACGUGGCCGUGGUGGCUGGGGCGCCUUCUGUUUUUACGCAAAUUAAUGGAUGAGUAUAUCACUGAGUUUGAACUGUCAGAGGACAGCCCAUCUGAUCGAGUGGACAGCGCGGGGAUUCUUGUUCAUGACAGGAUGUCAAAUGCUAGCCAGGACGUGGUGGACAUUUAUCAUGACAAUUUGACUCGGCUUAUGUCUGCUUUAAAGUUUGCUAUGCAAGCUGUGAAUUGUUCGCACAGCAAAGUAAGCAAGCUAGCAGUUGCCGUGCUAACAUUUUGUGCCUCUCUAGCUUCGUCUUCUACGUCUGCUUCUAGCCACAUAAGAAAACUUGUUGUAAAGCUCAAACCGGCACAACGUAGUGUCCUUCAACGCCACAUGUUUGCUGUACCUAGACUUAGUACAGCUUCUGUCAGUAGCCACGAAAAUCAUGGCAUUGAAUCUCAGGUUAGCCAAGAUGCGGCGUCGUCAACCGUUAGCAAUCGUGACUCUGCAAUAGGGAGCCUGUCAUCAGUGACAUCUGACGACGAAACAGACAACGUAUCUGAGUCAGAACUUCUUACCUUGGAAAGACCACAGUCAUUGGUAUUUUCGCCAAGUCUUUCUCCCAGUAAAGAGCUUAAUCUGGAUUGGUCCCGAUCGAUCGAGGACUCACCACGGAUGCCACCCGUGAAACUGGCUGUCGGAAAGAAAUGUCAAGAGAUUAUUGAGCAGGAAGAGGCGGAAGCUGUUGCAAAGGCCAUGGCAGUCUCCUCGCAUUAUACUGGUCUUUCAAGGAUAGAAAGCUUAGACGCCGGAGAUGAGAUGAUUAUUGUUUUCACACAACCCGAGGUAUGUUCCGUUGUUAUUACCCGUUUCUUCUACGAAGUGCUUUGUAUGGGUUAAAAUUUUGGUUAGACAUGAUUAGCUAGAUCGCACUAUCAGGGUUCUAUCUAGGGUAUUUGAGGGGUAGAAGCUUCCCCCCCCAAAAUGCCCAGCUUCCCCCAAAAAAUUAAUAUUGUUGUCAUUACAGUAUUAAGUAACUAUAUCGUCACUGCAGGUCACUGCACACACUGUAAUACUUCUCAAAAUUGUGUCUCCAAAUGCACCGAAUUGCAUCUCAGGACAAAUUCAUUUCAAAAAUUUGGGGGAGGAGGCGUGCCCCUGGACCACCCUAGGAAGCUCGUGGCCUUCGGCCACUCGGGACUUCCCCCCCAAACGAUAAAUCCUAGAUAGAACCCUGACUAUGGAACUUCCAAACUUCAUCCAGUAACUGUAACGAAUAGUCCUUUCCUAUAUGGAACCGUUAUGUAAACUAUUCAGGCCAAUAAUGAUUUAUUGUAUUUGGAGCUAAAAGUAUCAGAUCGUGUAGUGGACAGGUAAAAAAGGGAAAUAUGGAUCUCUAAACAGUGUGAAAAUCUGCCAAGUGGGAGGAUUGGUGAAAGAAAUCGGAAAAGCGACGAGUAUUUUGAAAGUGAGUUUUUAUUUUAAUUGCCUUUGCAGUCCUUGGAUAAGGCAGUGAACUCUAAGCAUUUGUAUCUGGAAGAAGUGCAUUGGAAGAAAGGUGAACUGCUAGGAACUGGCGCCUACUCAUCUUGUUAUGCUGUCAGAGAUCUCAUGAAUGGAUCACUCAUGGCUGUUAAACAGGUGAAUACAAGAAACCACAAAUAUUUGGCACGUACCACAUGGAUCUAUUCUGUCCGUGUCGUAGGUCAAGUUAAGUGCUAUUAGCAGAUAGUGCCCCUAUAAAGUUUACUGUUAACAAGAUAAGAGUUAUUGUAAGAAGCGUUGCAGUCUGAUUUGGCCGUUCACGGAGAAUUCUAAAAACCGAAGGGCGUUGUUUGAAGUGUCUUCUACCACCUCGACCCUUAGUAAACAGUUACAAUUUCCUCAUUAAGUCCUGAUAAUGUCGUCCUGCAGGUGUCUUUUUGCCGUAAUUCGAAAGAAGACCAAGACAAAGUGACACAGGCCAUCGAAGAUGAAAUCUCUCUGCUGGGAAGGUUACAACACCCUCAUCUCAUCAAAUGUUUGGGCGCCACAAAGCACGCUGCGCACUUCAACAUCUUUCUCGAGUGGAUGCCAGGUAAGACUUGUGGUGGCUAGCGUGGGUCAUGCACUCCCUCUCAACAUGAUCUCCGUUUUUCUGUGGCUAAAGUAAUCUAAUACGUCCUGAAAGGUGACGGUGUCGAUUCUUGCCUAAUACAGUAAAA